ACAUAUAUUUAUAUGCCAAAUAUAGUGAAAAAAGAUAUUGUAUUAUCAGGUCUAUCUAUACUGUUUUUAGUCAAUGCCAUAACACCGCUGCGCCAUCUUCAAUUUUGAAAGGUGCGCGUUUCACACUGUUUCAAGGCAGUAAAAGGGAUUUGAUUUCACUGUUUUGUUUCAUUUACUUUGAUUUUGAAACGUUGACUCUUUAUGAAUGUAUAAUGUCGUCCAGUAUCGGUAGUGUCAUACCUUUUUUCAUUAUGGAAAUAUGAAAUUUCUUUGUUGCUUGAACGAGAGAAAAAAGAACAGUUUUUAUGGAUUAAUAAGAUCGAGAUUAUAGAAAGAAAUUCGAAAUGUUUCGUCGAUUUAACAAAUCCAUUCGAACGUAUGAAAGAAAGAAAUUAAAAGAGGUGAAAAUUUUAAUACCAAAAGUAAUUGUACCAUCUAUUAAUGAAAUUAAGACCAGAAGCCCUAUUUCAUCAAAUAAAAAUUUAGACGAGACUGAAAAAGAAGUUGAUGAUUCUUUGUAUAAUGAUCCCUUCGAGACUACAUUUGAUAGACUUCUUAAAAAUGCAAGAAUACCAGCACCUGUACCAAAGACACACAGUGAUACAAUAUCACUUAGUUCAGAUGGUGAAUCUGAAACAAGUGAUCACAAAUCUUUAUUAUAUGAAAUAUCCAGUUUUAGCAAGAAACCAAAAUUUAAUAAAAAUACAUCACACAGAAAGAUAAACACGCAUGUUAUAAAGAAAAGACUAAUUAAAAAAAAAGCAUUGAAAAAUAAUGAAGAAUUUAAAGUAGAAAAAAAUGUGUCUCAUAAAAAAUAUAACUUGCGUAAAACAAGAAAUAACAAUAAACUACCACUUACAUACUUAGGUAUUGAAAAGAUUAAAAAAAAUUAUAAUAAAAAGCAUAUACAUUCUGCAGAAAGGAGCAAAAAAAUUAGUAAUGUACAAAGUGCAAAAUUUUCUAACAACGUGGAAAUAAAACCAUGUUUUGUUCAUUUAGAUAAAUCUAUUACAUCAGAAUGGUAUAAUAACUUGCAUUCUGUAGAUAAUAAUGUCCUAAAAGAAACUGAUCAAUUGUUAGAUCAAUGUACAGUUACUGAGAUCAAUAUUGAUAAUUUAAAAUAUAAUAGAGCAGAAGUCAAUAAAUACAUAGCAUCACUUGAUUUAAAAAAUAAAAAUGAAAAUAUAUUUAGUAGUACACCUAAUGGCAAACUUCUUAGAUCAUCUACUUGUAUAAUUUCCUUAUCACCAAUUCCAAUUGAAUAUUUUGAAAAAUUAAGAGAUCCUAUAAUGUUUAGUAAUACCUCAACUAAUGAAAAUAACGAAAUUUUAUUAGACUCUGAAGUAAUAAAUGAUGAUUUUUACAAAAGAUCAAAUACGACAGAAAAAGCUAAAGAAAAGCUUGAGUCAUCUAAUUAUUUAAUAAAUACUUCUAAUCAGUUAGAAAAUGUAGAUAAUAAAGAUACUGAUUCAUUAAUUGAACUUAAUUAUAAUAAUAAUGAAAUUUAUGAUAAAAAAGAAUUGUUAGCGAGAAGAAAUGUAGUGCCUAUUAUUCUAACAAGUGGAAUCGAACAAAAUGAUACGUCACAUAAGUCAGUAUUAAUAAAAGAACAUAAAAUUUCAAAUAUGGAAAAACAUUCCCUGAGAUUUUCUAACAAUGCAAGUUCAUGUUCUUUAUUUAGUGAUAAUGAAAGUAUUCCGACUCCAUUGUGCAAUAAUACUAAAGUAGAUGAUGUAGUAAAAAUAUCUAGUAGUAAUUUAAUAGUAAGUGAAAAAAGUACAAUAUUAAAAAAUGAAAGACAUUCUGACUUUGUCGAAUUAAAUAAAAAAUCUUCAAAUGUAAACACUGAUAAAAAAGUAAUAUGCAACAAAACCCAAGAAUUGUCUGCAAUUUCAGUCUCAAUUAAUUUGAUGAAGUCAGCUUCAGUAUCUGAUAAUAUAAAUAAUAAAAAUAAUGACAAAACAGGUGAUAUAAAUAAUGAUUACAAAAAUAGUGCAUUAAAUACAAAAUACUCUUUUAUAAAUACUAGUAAAAAAUAUAGUGACUGUCAUGUAUCUUUGGAAAAAUUGCAAGAUCCUAUUAGAGUUUCAAAAAGAAAAAAAUAUACUAAAUGGGAUCUUGAUUUAAUGACUAUUGCAGAAGAUUGUAAUAAUAUUAAGAAGAAAAAAGAGAGACAUUCGGAGAAGAUAAAAAAUGAUAGACAAACAAUAUUACAACAAAAGAAAUUAUCAGUUUUAGAAAAUAUAAUAGAGCAAUCUACUAAUAAUGCAAUAGAAAAACCUGUUUAUUUAAAACCAGGAAAAUCGUGGCUAAGAUCUUUAUCAAUUUUGAAUAAUGUACAAACUGAAUCUAACUUGGAUAAAUUAUCUAUUGGCAAAGGUAAAAAAUGGAGACAUAGUGUUCAGGAUGUCCUAAAUAUGCAGAAACAAGGAAUUAUACAAAGUUGUAUAAAAAAGAAUGAUAAUGAUAAAAAAUUACAAAUAACUAAUGAAGUAAUUAAUAAAUCAGAAUAUGAAUUGAUUAAUAAUAGCAAAGAUAGAACUUGUGAUUCUACUAUUUUUGGACAUCUUUCAAGAAGGGUAUCAGUUCGUGUUGUUCCACUCUAUAAAACAGUAAAAUCUAUUGAAGAUACAUCAUUUCUUAAAGUCUAUGGGAUUGUUCCUAUUAAAGAUCAAAGAUGUACAUUAUUAAAUAAUCCGAAAAAAUCUUCUGUAUGUAACAUUCAAAAUGAUGAUGGCCAAAUUAUUGAAGAGCAUGUAAUUUCAACAGCCAGAGAAGUUAUUUUACAGAAAUGUUUACAAAAAGAUUAUAUAGCAUUUUCAACAUAUUUUUCUGAUUCAUACUUGGAACACUGUCGAAAAAUUGGAGAAGGUGUAUAUGGUGAAGUCUUUCUUUAUGAACACGAAGAUGAGAAGUCUGUUAUAAAAAUUAUUCCUAUAGAAGGUAGUGAUUAUGUCAAUGGAGAACCACAAAAGAAAUUUCAUGAAAUAUUAUCAGAAAUUGUAAUUGCAAUGGAAUUAUACAAUUUAAGAUUCAACACAAGGUACAAUACUGAUGGAUUUGUGGAAGUGAAAAAUAUUAAAUGUAUAAAAGGAAAAUACCCAGAGAGACUUAUUGAAUUGUGGAAUAUUUAUGACGAAGAGAAACAUUCUGAUAAUGAUUGUCCAUCAAUGUUUAAUGAUGAACAAUUAUAUAUUGUUCUCGAACUUGGACAUGGAGGUCAAGAUCUAGAAGCAUUUGUAUUUAAUACUGCAGAGGAAGCUUAUAUUUUGUUCAUACAGGCUGCAUUAGCGUUAGCGGUUGCAGAGAAAGCUAUUGAAUUUGAACACAGAGACUUGCAUUGGGGAAAUAUGUUAAUAUCUCCGACAAAUGAGAAUUGUAUACAUUACAAAAUUGGAGAAAAAAACAUUGAAUUAAUAAGUAAAGGUGUAAAGGUGUCUAUUAUAGAUUUUACUUUUUCAAGAGUAAAAUAUCAAGGAUGUAGUGUAUUUAAUGACCUUGCAUUAGACCCUACACUAUUUACAGCUCAGGGUGAAUAUCAAUUUGAAAUAUAUCGUUUAAUGAGAGAUAGAGUUAAAAACAAUUGGCAAACAUUCGAACCUUAUACAAAUAUUUUAUGGUUGCAUUAUACUUUAGAUAAAAUGAUUACUGCAGUUAGGUACAAAAAGAGAAAUUUAAAAAUUCAUAAAAAUGGAAUAACGAAACUUAAAGAACUAGAAAAUGAAAUUUUGACAUACAACAGUGCCUUCGACUUUGUAACACAUUGUGACAAAAUUAUUAAUUUAUUACGUAUUAAUUCGAAAUUUGACUUAAUUUCUGUGUAAAUAAAAAUAUAGGAAUUAUAAAAUAAAAAAAAAAUAUUAAAAUAUCUGUAUUGCAGAUUUGAAAUAGUUUAUGAUAAUAGUUCUAAUAAAUAUAAAGGAAGUAUCCCGAAUUAUUAAUAUAAACAAAAUUACGAUAAG